AUGGAGGCUACACUCACUGCGCUCAAGGUGACGGAGCUCAAGGCGCUGCUGCAGCAGGCGCAGCUGCCGGCGACGGGCAACAAGGCCGACCUGGUGGCGCGCCUGCUGCAGCACCCGCAGGCCACCAGCAGCCUCGGCGGCGGCGCCGAGGCGCCAGCUGCUGCUGCGGCACAGCCGGAGCCGUCGGCGCCGGCACAGGAGGAGGACCUGCUGGAGUACGAGAACGAAGAGCCGGCUGCCGCGGCUGCACCGGCAGCGACAGACGCUGCACCGACUGCGGCAGCUUCUGCAUCCUCUGCUGCGGCGUCUGCGCCCUCUGAGGAGGCAGCAGCGCCCAGCGCCGAGGAGGCAAAGGCGACGCUCAUCGCCGAGCUGGAGAAGCGCAAGGCGCGUGCCGCCCGCUUCGGCCAGUCGACCGAGGAGAUCGACGCGCAGAUUGAGCGGGCACAGAAGUUCGGCGUCGAGGAUGCGGCGCAGGACAAGGGCAUGGCGGGCCUGCAGAAGGAGCUGGGCAAGGGCUCAAGGAAGGGCGUCGAUGCGCAGGGCGCCAAGAAGGCCGUGGAGGGCGCCAACAAGCAGAGAGAUGCGCCUGGCGCAAAGGCACCAACAGGGCCCAAGGCCGAGGCGAAGCAGGCUGAGGCAAAGAAGACGGAGACACCUGAGGAGAAGGCCGCGCGCGAGGCGCGCCACGCCGCCGACGAGGCCGCCAAGGCCAAGCGAGCGGCGCGCUUCGGCACUGCCGCGUCAGCAGCCGCUGCGAGCCCCGCUGCGGCGCCGAAGGCAGCUGCUGCGCCGGCGGAUCCGGAGGAGGAGGAGCGCAAGCGGAAGCGCGCGGAGAAGUUUGGCGCUGCGGGCGGCGCGGAGAAGAAGGCCAAGGCUGCCUAG